AAAAAAAUAUUGAAGAUAAAAAAAAAAAAUUGUGAAGAUUUUGCAAGAAUCAUAUAAAAUUUUGAGUGAAAUACAAUCAGCAAAAUAACUCACAGUGCAGUUUCUAUAUAGAUACAAAGAAAAUCAUAAAAGAUCUUUUCAAAAGAAAAAAAACUUUAAAUUAUUUUGGGUUGAAAUAAGAAAUUUUGGUAAAAAUGCCUUUGUUCGUGAAAUUUCUAUUUGCCACAACAAUUUUACUCCUCGCCGGUCUUCAGUUCACAAAAGGGGAACGACUUUUAGUAAUUCUACCAGUUCCCCUACGCGAUCAUCAAAUCGUUUUUCGUCCCCUAAUCGAAUCGCUAGCAAAACGUGGUCACAAUCUAACGAUCGUCACAACCGAUCCAGAGAAUUUCGUUAAUCUAUCUGCGUCGAGUGGGGGUUCAAUUACCCCCGAACAAAUUGAAUUGAUCGAUUUAAGUUUCGCACAUCGUUUGAGUGUUUUAAAUAUGCUCAAGAAUCAAGAGAACAUGAUGAGUGGAUCAGAGAUGUUACUGACUGUUUUCCAUGUAAUGCGGACUGUUGCUAAUGAAGAAUUGAAAUCAGCUCAAAUGCAAGGGCUUUUGGGUAAUAAUCAUGCUGAUGAAGAAUAUGGUGCAGUUUUGGUAGAUUGGUCAGGACCAGCUUUAAUGAAUGCAUUCGCGCAUAAAUUUCGGGCGCCACUUAUUGGUAUAACUCCAGGUGGUGCAUAUAUUACGACACAUGAAGUAAUUGGAAAUCCCAAUCAUCCGGUGGCGUUUCCAAGUGUAUUUAUGCCAUUUAGUGAAGAUCUGUCGUUGUUUCAACGAGUUGCCAGUACUAUCUUCACAUUGAAAUCAAGAUAUCUCUACUUCAAUGAAGAGCUACCCAAACAAGAUGAAAUUGUAAAAAAUUUCUUCGGUCCUGGCACACCGUCCAUUUGGGAAAUUGAAUCGAAUGCAGAUCUACUUUUGGUGAAUUGCUACCAGGCUUUGGGUAAUGCCCGGCCAGUUGGUCCAACAACUAUUCACAUGGGUGGCAUUCAUGCCAUCAUUGAGGACAAAUCGCUGCCGUGGCAUUUGCAACAUUUCCUCCAGAGUCAAGCAAAUAUAAAUACAAAUGGUGGGAGUACUGGUUCCGGUGCUCAAGGGACGAAUGCUGGCGGAAAUAACAUGGUGGCAUACAUUAAUCUUGGAGCUAUGCUUACACGUGCGUUUGUGGAGACGCACCGGAUGGAAAAGCUCGUCAAAAUACUGGAAAAAUCUAGCUUUGAUGUUGUGCUUAAUACGAAUGGUAUUGAUGAUGGCUACGCAUUUAAUACGACGACAAAGAUGUAUCUUGGGUCAGAUUUUGAACAGGAAAGUCUGUUAGCUCAUGAAAAUGUAAAACUUUUCAUAACACCAGGUGGUCAGCGGGACAUUGAAGAUGCCAUCCAUCAUAAAGUACCAAUUCUAGGAAUUUCCUUCUCCAGCAGCUUGGAACAUUAUCUAUUACAAAUUGUUAAACAUGAUGCUGGUUUGGUGUCAAACUUUGAUAUGGAAUCAUCAGCAGAAUUGUUGGCAAAAAUUGAAGCAUUUGCUAUUACACAAAGAUAUCAAAAGAAUAUAAAUAAACUCAAUAAAAUCCUUACCGAUGAACCAAUGCGUCCAGUGGAACGUGGUAUCUGGUGGAUUGAAUAUGUUCUACGAAAUGGUGGAACUCAACAUUUACGUCAUUCAUGGGUAAAGCUUUCAUGGGUGCAGUAUUUGCUAUUGGAUGUUGUCUUAGCUAUAUCGCUGACAACUUUAGCAUUUGUCUUUGCUGUUGUUUGGACGUGUAUACGAAUUCGCCGUUAUUCGAAAAGUUUACCAUUUGAAAAAGUGACGCGCCGAACUAAAGCGAAAAUGAUGUAAAAAGUUGAAGAA